GACUGGUUUCACUUUUGCAUUUUAUUGUAUCAGAAGUGUACAAUCAUGUUGUUUUUUCCUUGGCCAGUCGUAUGUGCCCAGCGGAAUGCCUCGGGUGGAGGUGUGAUGUCUGAUGAGGAGUUUGAUAGUCGCUGGGUCGAGUUCUUCAGCAAACAGGACAUUGACGAUUGGGAGCUGCGGAAGGGUGUAAACACACUGAUUGGCUAUGACCUUGUACCUGAGCCGAGAAUCAUUGUUGCUAUUCUCCAAGCCUGCCGUCGUCUAAAUGACAGUGCAUCAGCCAUACGUGUCUUGGAGGUCAUAAAGGCGAAGGGAGGUCCGAGAGCUGCGGAGAUCUACCCGUACAUCCUGCAGGAGAUCCAGCCUACACUGGACGAGCUGGGCAUCAAGACACCCGAGCAGCUGGGCCUGGACAAAUACUAGACAGCUACUACAGAGGUAUCAGAUGUGUUUCAUGUGUUCCACACCAUCACAACUACAGCAGCUUACUUACAGACUCAGUGGAGUCCCACCCAGAACCUAAAGACUUAUUAUAAAUUAAUGUUCAAGAUACAGUCAGUCUUUCUGUCAAAUGUACUAUUGUCAAUAAAGUGAAUUGAUCUAGUGUGAAAA